CUCUCUUCUUGAACGGUUGAUAUAAUUGUUUCAAUUUAUUCUUGAAUUUUGGAAAACCCUAUCAGGCUUAGAGGAGGCCCUAAAUCAUCAAGAGAAGGAUCUAUAUCCCCCAAACUAUGAGAGGCGAUGAUCGAAAUGGCGUGUCGCCAGUGGAAGUGGGAAAAUCCUGGCAAGAUCACAAUGAUAUGAGCAACAAUGACGAGAAGAAGAAGAAGAAUGGGGCCAAGGAACAGGCUGCCCAGAACAAAGUGUCUUUCUUCAAGCUGUUCUCGUUUGCAGACCAGCUCGACAUGAUCCUGAUGACGCUGGGGACAGUUGCUGCAGUGGCAAACGGGCUGUCGCAGCCUCUCAUGACGCCCAUCUUCGGCAAGAUCAUCAACUCUUUCGGCUCCUCCGCUCAGUCCGAGGUCGUCAAAGAAGUAUCCAAGAUAGCAGUUUGGUUCUUGUAUUUGGCUGCCUAUGCUGCUGUAGCCUCAUUUCUACAGGUGUCGUGCUGGAUGAUAACUGGGGAGAGGCAAGCCACUCGUAUUCGAGCCCUGUAUCUGAAAACAAUACUGACACAGGACGUUGCCUUCUUUGACACCGAAACGACCACUGGAGAGGUCAUCGGGAGAAUGUCCGGAGACACCAUCCUCAUUCAAGAUGCAAUGGGAGAGAAGGUCGGGAAGUUUAUACAGCUCAUGUCGACUUUCUUAGGAGGCUUUGUGAUCGCUUUUAUAAGAGGGUGGCUCCUAGCUGUCGUUUUGCUUGCUUGCAUUCCCUUGAUCGUGUGUGCUGGUGGAACCAUGGCACUGAUCAUGUCGAAGAUGUCGAGCCUCGGGCAGGCUGCCUAUGCCGAGGCUGGGAAUGUCGUUGAGCAGACGGUCGGAGCCAUUAGAACGGUCGCUUCCUUCACUGGGGAAAAGAGUGCGAUUGAGAAGUACAAUGAGAAGCUAAAAAUUGCCUAUAAAACCACAGUAGAACAGGCGAUGGUCUCAGGGAUGGGGCUUGGGACAAUGUUGUUGAUUGUUUUCUCUACUUACGGGCUUGCGAUAUGGUAUGGCUCCAAGUUGAUUAUCCAGAAGGGCUACAAUGGCGGGCAGAUCAUCAAUGUCAUCAUGGCCAUUAUGACCGGUGGACUGUCCCUUGGCCAGACAUCUCCGUCGCUCAAUGCAUUUGCCUCGGGGCAGGCAGCUGCUUAUAAAAUGUUUGAGACAAUCAAGAGGAAACCGAAGAUUGAUGCUUCAGACACCUCAGGGAUGGUGCUGGAAGAUAUCAAGGGUGAUAUCGAAAUAAGGGAUGUGUACUUCCGGUACCCUGCAAGGCCUGAUGUGCAGAUAUUCUCAGGGUUCUCAUUGUACGUACCAAGUGGAACGACUGCAGCACUGGUGGGGCAGAGUGGGAGCGGGAAGUCAACUGUGAUUAGCCUUCUCGAGAGGUUCUAUGAUCCCAACUCUGGCGAAGUGCUCAUAGAUAGUGUUAACCUAAAGAAGCUUCAGCUCAAGGGGAUUAGGCAGAAAAUAGGUCUAGUAAGUCAAGAGCCUAUUCUGUUCUUGACCAGCGUAAGAGAGAACAUUGCUUAUGGGAAGGAAAACGCCACCGAUGCAGAGAUUAGAACUGCUAUCGAACUCGCCAAUGCUGCAAAAUUUAUCGAUAAGCUGCCAAAGGGACUCGACACAAUGGUUGGGGAGCACGGUACCCAGUUGUCUGGAGGACAGAAGCAAAGGAUUGCAAUUGCGAGGGCCAUUCUCAAGAACCCAAGAAUUCUCCUCCUCGACGAGGCCACAAGCGCACUGGAUAUAGAGUCUGAGCACAUCGUCCAGGAUGCUUUGGACAAUGUCAUGGCGAAUAGAACCACGGUUGUGGUUGCACAUCGGCUGACGACCAUUAGGAAGACUGAUAUUAUAGCAGUUGCGCACCAGGGCAAAAUCAUAGAGCAUGGAAGGCACACGGAGUUGAUCAAAGACCCCAAGGGAGCUUUCUCUCAGCUUGUCCGCCUUCAAGAAGGAUCAAAUGAACCAGAAGUAACUGGAGGCCCAGAAGCUGAUAAACUAGAACCGAGCUUCAAAUUGGACAAGGGCCUGUCACGGUCCAUGUGCGGUAGAAAUUCGAUGAGGUGCUCCAUAAGUAGGGGCUCCUCGGGUAGCCGCCGAUCAUUCACUAUCAACUUUGGCAUCCCUGGGCCCAUCAGCAUCCAGGAAACAGAGGAGGAAGAGCAGUCUGAGGGGCAUAAGGCAAGGACGACAGAGCAGGACCUAGAGAGGCGGCAAAAGGUCUCAAUCUGGCGACUCGCCUGCCUGAACCAGCCUGAGGUGGGAGUCUUGCUGCUUGGAACAGUGGCUGCGGCAAUCCAUGGGGUUAUCUUCCCUGUUUUCGGGCUUUUACUGUCCUCAGCAAUCAAAAUGUUCUAUGAGCCACCACAUGAGCUGUGGAAGGACUCGAGGUUCUGGGCGAUCAUUUAUGUCGCGAUGGGGAUCAUCACCCUGGUAGCCAUUCCAGUUCAGAACUUCUUCUUUGGGAUUGCAGGGGGGAAAUUGAUACAGAGGAUACGAUACAUGACAUUUCAGAAGGUUGUGCACCAUGAGAUCAGCUGGUUCGAAGACCCUGCAAAUUCAAGUGGUGCUAUCGGUGCAAGAUUGUCUACUGAUGCAUCAAUCAUGCGCGGCAUAGUCGGUGACGCCCUGGCCAUCAUUGUCCAAAACAUAGCAACAAUUACAGCAGGUCUCCUCAUUGCAUUCACUGCCAACUGGAAGUUGGCCCUCGUAGUUCUCUCAGUUUCCCCUUUCAUGCUCGUACAGGGCUAUAUUCAGGCGAAAUUCCUCAAGGGGUUCAGUGCAGACGCCAAGGCGAAGUAUGAGGAAGCGAGUCAGGUGGCAAAUGAUGCAGUCGGCAGCAUAAGAACCGUAGCCUCAUUCUGCGCUGAGAGUAAGGUCAUGGAUCUGUACCAGAAGAAGUGUGAGGCCCCUGAGCAGCACGGAGUGAGGCUUGGACUCGUUAGUGGGACUGGUUACGGCUUCUCCUUCCUAUUCCUCUAUUGUGCAAAUGCGUUCUGCUUCUACAUCGGAGCUGUACUGGUGAAACACGGGCAGGCUACAUUUGGAGAGGUCUUCAAGGCUUUCUUUGCUCUGACAAUUUCAGCAGUUGGGGUAUCACACACAAGUGCAGUGGCCCCUGACACCAACAAGGCCAAAGAUUCAGCAGCUUCAAUUUUCGACAUCUUGGACAGCAAACCUAAGAUCGAUUCUAGCAAAGAUGAGGGUAUCACCCUCAAAACAAUUACUGGAAAUAUUGAGCUUGAGCAUGUCAGCUUCAAGUACCCUACGAGACCGGAUGUGCAGAUCUUCAAAGACCUCUGCCUAAGCAUACCUGCCGGGAAGACUGUUGCCUUGGUCGGGGAAAGCGGCAGUGGAAAAUCAACAGUGAUAUGCCUCAUAGAGAGGUUCUAUGAUCCCAACUCCGGGCGUGUUCUGUUGGAUGAAGUGGCGGUCCAAAAGUUCAAGCUGAGCUGGCUGAGGCAACAAAUGGGAUUGGUGAGCCAGGAGCCGAUCCUCUUCAACGAGACCAUCCAUGCCAACAUAGCCUACGGGAAAAAGGGCGAUGUCUCCGAGGAGGAGAUCAUAACUGCCGCCAAGGCAUCGAACGCCCACAACUUUAUAUCGUCCCUUCCCCAGGGCUAUGACACAUCCGUUGGGGAGAGGGGAGUGCAGCUGUCAGGUGGCCAGAAGCAGAGGAUUGCAAUCGCGAGGGCAAUUCUAAAGAACCCAAGAAUCCUCCUGCUUGACGAGGCCACAAGUGCACUGGAUGCUGAGUCGGAGCGGGUGGUCCAGGAUGCACUAGACCGUGUGAUGGUGAAUCGAACGACUGUGGUGGUGGCACACCGGCUUACCACCAUCAAGAAUGCGGACAUCAUUGCAGUGGUGAAGAAUGGAGUUAUUGCCGAGCAAGGGAGGCACGAUGCGUUGAAGAUCACUGAUGGCGCUUAUGCUUCUUUGGUAUGCCAGUGCCUCAAGGUAGGAGAGCAAUGGGAAAGGUUUACUGGGAUAAAAACACAAAGAUGCCUUUCUGAUUUUGAUGUCGCACCCGAAGGAGGGUUUUUGCGAGGCUUUUGCAGCUCUGCGCAACAUAUUAAUAACCGUAUUUUGUAGAGAGACUAGUAUUAAAAACCCGCGCUUUGCCGCAACCUUCAAGUUUAUGUUCA